UUCUCUUCCCGGGGCGCGACGAAAAUGGAGGUGGCCAAGGCGCUGUUCGGGCUCCUGCUGCUGGCGGCAGGGCUUGUGGAGAGCGCGGCCGAGGCCCCGCGGGAUUCCUUGCGAGAGGAGCUCUUGCUCAGCCCGCUCCCUUCCGGGGACAUCGCGGCCACCUUCCAGUUUCGGACCCGCUGGGACUCCGACCUGCAGCGGGAGGGCGUUUCUCAUUACCGGCUCUUCCCCAAAGCCCUGGGGCAGCUCAUUUCCAAGUUUUCUGUGCGUGAGUUGCACCUGUCCCUCACACAAGGUUUCUGGAGAACACGGAGCUGGGGCCAGCCUUAUUUGCAAGCUCCUGCUGGAGCUGAGCUCUGGGUCUGGUUUCAAGACUCUGUCACUGAUGUUGACAAAGCUUGGAAUGAUCUUAGCAACAUACUCUCUGGGAUAUUCUGUGCCUCUCUGAACUUCAUUGAUUCCACCAACACAGUAAUUCCAACAGCAUCCUUCAAACCUCUAGGAUUGGCAAAUGUUACGGAUCAUCGUUUCCUACGAUAUGCUGUCCUGCCUCGGGAAGUUGUCUGCACCGAGAACCUCACGCCCUGGAAGAAGCUGCUGCCAUGCAGUUCAAAGGCUGGGCUGGCUGUUCUGCUAAAGGCUGAACACUUGUUCUACAGUAGUUACCACUCCCAGGCUGUGCAUAUCCGUCCCAUUUGCAGGGAUGCCUCUUGCUUGAGUGUGUCAUGGGAACUGCGACAGACUCUCACGGUUGUCUUCGACAGUUUUGCCAAUGGCCAUGGAAAGAAAGACUGGUCCCUCUUUAAGAUUUUUUCUCGCACUCUUACUGAAGCAUGUCCUUUGGCAUCUCAGAGCAAAGUCUAUGUUGACAUAUCCAAUAAAGGCCAGGAGAAAGAGUUACUUGACAUUUCCCCAGCUCCCUUGUCAGUGCACGAAGCAUCUGUCCAAGGAGACAGAAGAAUUUAUGCUGUCUAUGACCUCUUGAACCCAGCACUCUUCAAUACCUCUCGCAGCCUCAAUGUGCAAUUAAAAUGGAAACGGCCUCAGGAUAGCUUGGAUCAGACAGUGCCUGUGCUCCAUGCCCAGCGCUACGUGAGUGGCUAUGGCCUUCAGACAGGAGAAAUCAGUACCCUGGUCUAUAACACACACCCUUACCGGGCCUUCCCUGUGCUACUGCUGGAGACAGUACCCUGGUAUCUGCGGCUCUACAUUCACACGCUGACCAUUAUCACAAAGGGAAAAGAAAACAAGCCAAGUUAUAUCCACUAUCAGCCUGCUCAAGACCGACAACGGCCCCAUCUCUUGGAGAUGCUUAUUCAGCUGCCAGCAAACUCUGUCACAAAGAUCACCAUCCAGUUUGAGAGAGCCUUGCUGAAGUGGACAGAAUACACUCCUGACCCCAACCAUGGCUUUUAUGUGAGCUCAUCUGUCCUGAGUGCCCUGGUGCCAAGCGUCAUUGCAAUGAAAAAGGAGGAAGAUGAUCUAAGCCCCCUCUUUGCAUCACUGUUUCCUUCCUCAGAUGGCUCCAGCUACUUUGUGCGCCUCUACACAGAACCACUGCUGGUGAACCUGCCAACUCCAGACUUCAGCAUGCCAUAUAAUGUCAUCUGUCUGACCUGCACGGUGGUAGCUGUGUGCUAUGGCUCCUUCUACAACCUGCUGACCAGAACCUUCCAUGUAGAAGAAGCCAAGAAGGGAGGCCUAGCCAAGCGACUGGCAAACAUAAUCCGCAAAAUGAGAGGUGUCCCUCUUCUUUGAGGGAUUGGUCAGACACGUCAUGGUACUUGAGAAACUCUAAAUCCAGAACUUAAAGAAGCAAUCCUGUGACCUGCAGAUGUGCUCAGCAUUUCAUCCUUGGCAAAAGAGCCGUUGAUGUUUUCCAUGUUGGUGGCAGGCGUGAACAGUUGCUGAUCUUGGGACUGUAUGUGCAAAAUACCCAGGGGGAAAUGUGUGCUCUUUUAAGGGGUAACAUUAGCCACAUUAGUUUCUACAGAAAAACACUGGAAAUAAACGUGACCUGUGACUGAA